GACGUCAUAUCCGGUAUCAGACCGCGCCGCCAGUUAGAGUGUGUGAUAAACAAGCGUCUCCUGAAGCUCUUUGUUCCUCUAACACUGAAACAAGAUGUCUGACAAGAUGAGCAUGUCUCUGGACGACAUCAUCAAGCUGAACAAGAAGGGAGGAGGAGGCCGGGAAGGAGGCUCCGGAGGCCCGGGAGGAGGCGCAGGAGGCCGGGCCGGAGGCUCGAGGCCUGUCCGGGGGAGACGGACCAACUUCAACCGGGAGAGGAACAACCGGUCCAGCCCGUACACCAGGCCCAGAGAGUUACCAGACAAAUGGCAGCACGACAUGUUUGAGGAGGAGGCUGGCGGACGGCGAGGACCGAGCGCCGCCGCAGAGAGAAGCGUUGAAUGUAACGGCAAGCUGCUGGUGUCCAACCUGGACUUUGGAGUCUCUGACGUGGAUAUCAAGGAGCUGUUUGCAGAGUUCGGAGCGUUAAAGAAGGCGAGCGUCCACUACGACCGUUCUGGUCGCAGUAAAGGAACCGCAGACAUCCACUUUGAGAACAAGGAGGACGCGGUGAAGGCCAUGAAGCAUUAUAACGGGGUCCCUCUGGAUGGCCGUCCAAUGAAAAUACAAAUGGCGUCAGAGUUUGACACGCAGAGCAGACAAUCUACGCAGAGCUCUAACAGAGGCUUCGACCGCAGCCGGCUGGGACAGCCCAAGUUUGAGAGGAGCGAACGAGCAGAAAGAGGAGAAAGGAGCGAACGUCCAGACAGAGGAGAGAGGAGGCGAGGAGGAGGAGGAGGAGGAGGAGGAGGAGGAGGAGGAGGAGGAGGAGGGUUCAGAGGUCGAGGAAGAGGAAACAGACCUCAACUGUCUGCAGAGGAGCUCGACGCCCAGCUAGACGCUUACAACGCCAAGUUUCAGAUGGACACCAGUUAGAAGAAGACCCUGCAGUCCCAUUCCUCCUUUUCUUUUUAAUCUGGUGAUCUGAUCUGACGAUCUCCAUAUUUCUCUUUCUGUUGUGUUUUUAAGGCAUUUUAUUCCAUGGACCAUUUCUAUUCUGUUUGUUUCUCUGCAGUAUUUUUUGAGCCAUGUUUUCUGGGGCAGUUUUAUGUUUUGAGGGUUUUCCUCUCGUGCUCUUUUCCAAAUGUUAUGGACAAUUGCCAUUAACUUUUUAUUUUAUUUUUUUUCUUAAAUCCUAUGAAAUGAUUCAGUGGUUUGGCAGACUGGUUAAUGUAAUGUUAAAUGUAAAUGUACAUCGAUUCUGUCAUUUGGUAUUGUAUACUUGACACAUGGACCUGUUCAAAGGGUUUUGUACAUAAAUGAUUAUACUGAA